AUGAAGAUCGCUGUCAUUCUUGCCGCCUUGACGGCUUGCGCUGUGUCUCUCCCAACAGUGCCCCACACCGGCCAUGCUCAGACAAACGCCGAUGAGUCUUACCUUCCUAUGAAGGCUCGCGCUGAGACGAGUGCCGAUGAGUCCUACCUUCCUAUGAAGAGGUAUGAGACCAGUGCGGACGAAUCCUACGAUCCCAUGAAGAGAGCCGAAACCAGCGCAGACGAGUCCUACCUCCCCAUGAAGCGUGCUGAGACCAGUGCCGAUGAAUCGUACUUGCCUAUGAAAGCUCGCUAUGAGACCAGUGCCGACGAGUCUUACGACCCUAUGAAGAGGGCUGAGACGAGCGCGGAUGAGUCUUACCUUCCCAUGAAGGCCCGCGCCGAGACGAGCGCCGACGAGUCCUACCUUCCUAUGAAGCGAUAUGAGACCAGUGCCGACGAGUCUUACGACCCCAUGAAGAGAGCCGAAACCAGCGCAGACGAGUCUUACCUCCCCAUGUAA